GUGCCAUGAGCGCACUCCUCGCAACACCCACCAGAGCCCAGCCGUUUCUCCUUCUUCUUCACCGUCUCCGACCGAAUCAGCUGCGUCCCCUCCCCACCACCAGAGCGCUAGCUUCGUUCGCCGCGUCGUCGCCAAGAGCACCGCCCGCUCGCCGGGGGACCAGAGCAAUGGCGUCGCAGAAGUUCCCGCCGCAGCAGCAGGACUGCCAGCCCGGCAAGGAGCACGCCAUGGACCCCCGCCCCGAGGCCAUCAUCAAGAACUACAAGUCGGCCAACAAGCUCCAGGGCAAGGUGGCGCUGGUGACCGGCGGCGACUCGGGCAUCGGGCGCGCGGUGUGCCUGUGCCUCGCGCUGGAGGGCGCGACGGUGAACUUCACGUACGUGAAGGGGCACGAGGACAAGGACGCGGAGGAGACCCUGCAGGCGCUCCGCGACAUCAAGUCCCGCACCGGCGCCGGCGAGCCCAAGGCGCUCUCGGGCGACCUCGGGUACGAGGAGAACUGCCGCAGGGUGGUGGAGGAGGUGGCCAACGCGCACGGCGGCCGCGUGGACAUCCUCGUGAACAACGCGGCCGAGCAGUACGUCCGCCCCUGCAUCACCGAGAUCACCGAGCAGGACCUGGAGCGCGUGUUCCGCACCAACAUCUUCUCCUACUUCCUCAUGACCAAGUUCGCCGUGAAGCACAUGGGGCCCGGGUCCAGCAUCAUCAACACCACCUCCGUGAACGCGUACAAGGGCAACGCGACGCUGCUGGACUACACGGCCACCAAGGGCGCCAUCGUGGCCUUCACCCGCGCGCUGUCGAUGCAGCUGGCGGAGAAGGGGAUCCGCGUCAACGGCGUGGCGCCGGGGCCCAUCUGGACGCCCCUCAUCCCGGCCUCCUUCCCGGAGGAGAAGGUGAAGCAGUUCGGGUCCGAGGUGCCCAUGAAGCGCGCCGGGCAGCCCAGCGAGGUCGCGCCCAGCUUCGUCUUCCUUGCCAGCGAGCAGGACUCCUCCUACAUCUCCGGCCAGAUCCUCCACCCCAACGGUGGUACCAUCGUCAAUAGCUAGAUCGAGGUUGGAGAAGCUCGGGAAGAACAGGGUGAAGUGUGCCCGUGGUGUGCGAGUCUGUAGUACGAGCAAGUGUGGCGUGUUAGUCUCGGAGUCAGCUGGUAGUGUUUUGUGUGGCAGUAGUACCGUUGUGUGUUCGGUAGGGACUUUUGGCGCUGGAGCCACGAGGGCAAGCGUCAAACGUUAAAUAAAAUAAUGUAACGUGCAUGCAUUGCAAGUUGAACUAUGGUCAUACUCCCUCUAUACCUAAA